CUAAACAAAAACACAGAAUUUUUCAUGCGUGUUUUACGUGGAAAUUGUGUUUUAAGCUUGAAUUUUUGUUGGACAAGUAGUUCUCUGCAGAAAUAUUCAUCGAAAAAGAAUGUUGCCAAUUAUACGUAAACGUGAGCAUCGUUUGUCUGAACGUCAAAUUUCUGAUGCAAUGCAAGCAAACUAUGAUGAUGAAAUGUUAAAUGCCGAUUUUGCUGGCGAUGAAGAAAGUUCUAUUGAUGACUUCACUGACAGUGAAGAAGACUAUGAAAGCAAUUUCGAAGAAGAAUUCCAGAGUGAAAACAAGGGGAUGGAUACCGAUUUGCACAACGAAACAGAAGAAAAACCAUCAGUUGGAACUGAAUGCGAGCCGCAGCCGAUUCAGCUGAAUCCAAACCAAUCGAAAUUAAUUCCUGGUCAACAUUUCGACACGCAUUUCGAUUAUUUUGACGCAAUUUUUUCUCAACAGGUGAUGAACAUAAUUGUUCGUUUCACAAAUAUUGAAGGACAUAAGCGGAUAGCAAAUUUCAAAAAUGUCGAUGAUAUUGAAAUUCGUGCAUUUAUUGGUCUACUGUUUGCCGCCGGUGUUGAUAGAUCAAGUAAGCGGAAUUAUCGAGAAUUCUAUGGAAUUACACGAGGAAUGCCAUUGUUCCGUGCAACAUUGUCUUUGACACGUUUCAUGGAAUUACUUCGCUUUUUACGCUUUGAUGACAAAGACACGCGUUCUGAACGGCGCAAACGAGAUAAAUUGGCUCCGAUUCGGGAUUUAUUUGAACUGGUCGUACAGAACCUGGGAAAAAUGUACACGCCGGCAGAACAGGUGACUGUCGAUAAACAGUUGGUGGCGUUCAGAGGACGAUGCAGUUUCAAGCAAUAUCUUCCAAGCAAACCUGACAAAUUUGGCUUGAAGAUUUUUUGGUUGGUGGACACUAAAACAUUGUAUCCUCUAAAUGCCAUUCCGUAUCUCGGUCGCGAACGAUCCGGACCGGCACGAAAAAUAAACAUUGCAAAAGACAUUGUUUUGAAUUUGACCCGCCCCUAUUUCAAGACUAACAGAACGGUUGUGUUUGAAAACUUCUUCUCAAACCAUGACACACAAAGAAAGCUUCAAUCAAAUGGAUUGUACAGCGUCAGUACUGUUCGUAAGAACAAACGAUUUAUGCUCGACGAAUUGUUCAACAUGUUUACUGUUCAACGCAAAACAAACCGAUGGCCAAUGGCGUAUUUCAUGAAUUUGGUGAACGUUGCUGGUAUGGCAGCAUUUGUUUUAUGGCGUACAGCCAACAACAAGCUUGGCCAACCUGUGAAAGAAGAACGCAAAAAAUUUCUUACGUGUCUUUACAUUGAGCUUACAUAUCAACACAUUUCGCGACGUACCACGUCGAAUCUGUCGAUUUCUGAAAGGCAGUCAAUUAAUGAUAUAAUUGGAAAUGAUCCGCUUUCGGUAGAGCCAUCAACGUCGGAAGUCCAACCAAAAAGAAGACGUCGCUGCCAUAUUUGUCCACGUAAGAUAGAUCGAAAGUCCAAACAACAAUGUGGAAUUUGUCACAGAAAUGUUUGUAAGGAGCAUGCUUACGAAAUCAUUAGAUGCAAAAGUUGUCAUGUGCAGCCGAUCAUCAACGCUUCAGAUUCGGAAUGAAUUAGAUAAAUAAUAAGCCAUAAAUCCAUAGCAUGAUAAAGUUUUAUAUAGGUUUUGUAUCCACUGAAGUUCACUGGACUCCCACCUUUUUAUGAAGCUACAGGUUUUAACCUAUGUAAUUCAAUUCACGAAACUGUCGAUGCAUUGAUCAACAAGUACUCAUUAUCAGACUAUUGAAUUUCCCAAAUCUUUGUUCAUUUUCCGAAGGAAAUGUAUUAAAUAAAAUAACCAUUUUUACAUUCA